CACUGAACGGAUAGCACGACGCACCGUAUCAGAAAGAAAACGCUUCAACACGAUUUAUAUUUAUUUAUUAUUAUUUUUUCACAUUCAGUAUUUUCCAUAGAGUACAUUUCUCUAUGAUUCGAUAGCUUACAAUUUUACAAUAACGAAACAUUUUUUUCGUUCUCUUGUUCGCUCGUUUUGUGCCUCAUAUAGUUCGAACAUUUAGUUCGAUUAAUAACCGAAGACACACAUUUUUCUCUAUCUCUCUCCAUGCAAUGAAUUUACGAUAAAUAAAAAAUAUUGAAACAAAAGCACCGAAAAAAUUGAAGACUGUUUACGCAAGUGUGUGAUGAUGAUACAUGGCAUUAUUCAUCGUAUUGAGAACAAUCGUCAUCAUUAAUUAACAAAACAAUAUGAAAGUUACACGCGCGAAUUGUAAUUUGUAAUUUUGACAUUGUAGAUCGUUAAAAUGUUAUCGCGCAGUGGUUAUGUGUGUGAAUCACCUUCCCGUGUUUACCGGCAUAUGGUUUUCGAAUGAAAUUUCUGAAUAAAAAAAAAAUAAUUAUAUAUUCAUAUUUGGAUAGUAUGGUUGAUGAAAUAAGUGAAUCGUGGCUAAUUAAAGCGACAAACACUCAAAUAGAAAUGUGUCAAUCGAUUGGAUUAAUUUGAUUCAACAACAGCAAAUAAAACGCAAGCCGAAAAUAACAAUAAUGCCCUGGAAUUGCUUGUGUUCGAGCAAAAGCAAAAAUAGGCGACCACAAAUCAGUGCACCGAUUUUAUGUACUGAGGAUAUUCAGAAAUUACAGUUGAUUCCGUUGCAAAAACCACUCAUAACUUCAAAACAUUUGCAUGAAAAACUCGUUCAGCCAGAAAAUGAUGCGGUUGGUGUAUCACAGCCGUUGCACAACAAUGUCGACAUUGAACAACAUGUAUCCACAGCGACCGAUGUUGAAAAGCCACUACAAUCGUCUCAAUCAGCGAUCGAUUUAGCGAGAGCUCAAUUGGGUUCCGUGGGCGACAACGAACCACUGGUACAAGAUGAGACGACGGCGACGGCGAUGACGACGACAACAACGACGGCAACAGCCUCAUCAACGGCUGCAAAAUCGCAGAAAUCGAUUAAAAAGGACAUCAAACGAACCAAACGACUCGAGAAAAAACGAUUGAAACAACAACAAAAACAACUCAAGAAACUUAACAAGAAAGCAAAGAAAGAAAAAAAUAACAAUAAUAAAAAUAAUCGCAAACCAAAUGAUGAGACCAACAACGAUAGCAGCAGUAGUAAUAGCAAAAAGACGAACGAAGCCCUUCAAUCGAAUUUGAAAAAUCGUUCGCAUACACUUCGUGAGCCAAUAGUGCCUAGAGCAAAAUCGAAAUCACCCGUAAAUGUAACAUUUGCAUUUGAUACAAUUGAACAUAGUAGCGAUGCAAAUAACCACGAUCAAAUCGUCGUUCUUCAUCAUUUGGCGCACAAGGAUAUCGUUCACAGUGCCAACCACAUUGGCAAUGGUGACGACGUUGUCGUCGGUGGCAAUGCCACUGAUGGCAAAUCAAAUGGCGAAUACGAUUCGUUGCCAUUGAUUAAGGUUGAGAAAUCAGCAGACAUCGAUAUGGACAGUGAUUUUGCCGAGAAAAUCGAUGGCAAUGGUAAUGUGGUCAUUGCAAAUGUUAUACUACCCAUAUCGUGUAGUUCAUCUGACAGUAUUCCAUUUAUAGACGACAGUCCGAAUCCAAGACGUGCCGGCUGUUCGAUUCCAAUUGAACCGCACAAAAAUCUUUAUGAUAGCCGAUUUAUAACAUUGCAACCGCGAAAUAUUGGCGCACAAAGUAUGAUUUAUGCACGAAAAUUGGAAAAACCAUUGCCAAUUGCCUUUAAAAUACCAACGAAACGGGACCAAUUCGAUAAAUCAGCACAAAUUUUAUAUCAAUCGCUCAAAGAAUCCAUCGACCAUCAUUUUGAUCGUGUUGCUCAUUUACACAAUAAGUUAUGUCAAGUUUGUCACGAAUUCUUACUUGUUCCGGAUGCUGUUAAGUGCCUCACUUGUGGAAUCGUUUGCCAUCACAGCUGCACAAUGCCACAGAAAAACUACGAUGCCAAAUCACAGAUAUCUAAAUCGCAAACGUUCCCGCUUAAGUUAUCGCAAUAUCAAGAUAAAACGGCUGCCGAUCAUUUGGGCUUGAAUUAUGUUACCGAACGGAUUUUGGCGUCGGUGCUGCCGAAUCGAGCGCAGACCCAACAACCGAAACGUGAUAAUGAAUCGACCGAGAUCGGCGAUACACCAACGCACGAUGAAUCACCGCAGGACAUCUACGAACAAGAGUUGAUCUCGAUGCUGGAACAGAAACACGGAAAGAAUUAUAAAUUAUUUGAUUUGGAGUCAUGCAUUUCGACGAUAACAUUGGAGAAAUUGUGCGAAUUGUGCAAACACAUGGACUCUUGGCUGGGAAGUGGCCGAGAAAAAGUUGUCAUCCUUCAAGAUCGGGGCGAUCGUCAACGAUUGGGAUCGGCAAUCGCUGCAUACUUGGAGUACUUGAACAUUUGUGCAUCAACCUACGCACAUCGAAAUGGUUUAUCGAAUGAAGAUGCACGGGCCCAGAGUGCAAUCGCCCGUAAUUGGCUUGACUUGGACAUUUUCUCCAUGAAAAAGUUCCUUGAAGAUGUAAUCGGACCAUUGCGAGUGCCAUCACAUCGACGAUAUUUAAAAUACUUCUCCGGUUUGCUGUCAGGCAAAAUAAAAAUCAAUUCACUUCCGCUCUACUUGCGUUUCAUCACAAUUGAAUCACCACCAUCGUGGCUGCAACACGAACCAAUCGCAUUGCAACAAGCCGAAUGGCGAAGUUUUAUCAAAAUUUACGAAGGACUCAAUUGCGUCUUCACUUCGGAUAUUCAUGUGAUACCAAUUACAACCCGACAAUUUAUAUAUGAGAUUGGCCAGUUACGAUUACGUGGCGACGUGAUUAUUCGGUGCUAUCAAAUCACAACAACAACGAACGAACGAACAUUGAACUUACAUUCGGCCAAAACCAUAAACCGCGAAUUGAUUUUCUCCACACAAUUUCAUACAUGUGCCAUCACAGAGCGUGAUAUAACGUUCUAUCGCAACGAAUUGGACUAUGCAUGUGACGAUCCUCGAAUUCCGGUCGAUCACAAAGUCACUUUACAUUUUGGUGAUAAUAAUCAGUUGAAUGAAAAUCGUGGUCUUCAUUUUCAAAGUCCAUUGGUGAAACUUGAACCAUUGAAUGCUGUCGCCAAAUAUAAUAGCUUGGAACGUUUCGAUGAUGAUUCAUUGCAUACUCAAGGUCCAUUGGAUGGUUCAUUGUAUGCGACAAUUCUAAAGAGUCCAAAAUCCCCAUUGAAAUCGCCAACAUUUCCGCCAGCAUUUAUUUCAAACAUAGUCAACAACAAUCAUCAACGAUCGUCUACAAAUUUAAGUGUUAUUUCGUCAACACCAAAAACAUCGUCGACGCAAAAUUUAAUAUCGCCACCGCCCGAAUUUAGCAAUAAAAAAAUUGUCGAAAUUAAAGAGUGCUACACAACACUCAGUCCGAUUGGUGCAUCACCGAAAAUUGAUAGUAACCUAAGCGCACAAAAUAAAUCGCUUAGUCGAUCAUAUACAUCGACGCCGAGCUACGAAGAAAUCCAAGUUCCAUCGCGUAGUUCAUCGCGAGAGGCAACGCUUCGUUAUCAAACAGCACCACGGUCAAGUAGCUCAUUAUCGACGGUUUAUCAACAACAACCCGAUCUACCGCAACGCUCAUCAUCGGCUUCACGCGCCGGAAAUUACACAUCAAACCAAUCAAAUCAAUAUAUUCGCACCACUGUUGUCGACAAUUAUAAUUACGUGAAUGCUGUACAGAAUGGUAAUCGAAAUCAAUCAUAUCAAGAUGGCAGAGAGUCCGUUAAAAGCCCAUUAACAUUGUCUAUGGACUCGGGCAUUUCAAGCAGUGGCAUUGCAAACAGACGUAUUCAAGGAUCAAGUGUUUCACCGUCAAGCUAUCCAAGCCAAAGCCCACAAGAUCGUCACCAAGAACUGGAUGACAUCCUAAGUGAUAUGCUAUUGACUGUUCAAGGCAUACCGGAUAUUGGAAAAACGCAACAAAACCGUGAAGUCAUUCGAAAAACAACGACAACAACGCAAAAUUCGACCGUUCAAAAUCAACAAAGGCCGCAAUUGCAUCUACAAAUACCAAAACAACAACAACCGCCGCUGCCGUUGUCGCAACAACAGCAGCAGCAUCUGCAUUUACAGCCACUGUACGGCAGUACAAAUACGGUGAAACGAUCUCAAUCGUAUACAUCGCAAGACGAAAGCAAUUGCAGUACAAUCUCACGAUCGACCGUACACACAACAGGUCACAUACGAGAUCGUGUUUGUGGAGACUUUUACGAUACGGCAAGCACAACGACCACGAUCACACCAACACCAAGCGAAAGUGGCCGAAUCACACCGUUUCAACAGCAACACCAAUACACACGCAACGACAAUAAACUAACGCAACAAGCGAUCGAACAACGUGAACGCGAACUCAUCAUGGAUUUGCAAAAUCAGUCGUUCGAUUAUUCGCAUCCGUUGCGGACUGGUUCAUCGGCAGCUACAGUCAACGAUUUUAAAUCGAUAAAAGUGAACAAUAGCGGUGUUACAUCGGAAGACGACGAAUCGAUUCCAUAUCACGCACGUGAGGAUUCGAGACCAUUCACGUAUGGUGAUGCCACUGGCGUACAAUUGAGCCCGACAAGUAUACGAAAAGCGACGGGUACAGCCACCGGCACAGGAAUGAUUAAAUUACAAUCGGGCCUAUCGAGCCCAUCGCUUGUACGAAAGCAUCUCGGCUCAAAUGCAACAAAUCCACCGACAACAGCACGAAAGAGCCCAAACAAUGGACGCAACGAUUUCGAAGAAAUGCUUUUGCAACGUCGUGAAAAAAUUCUCAACGAUAAAUAUUCGAUUGGCGAUAAAACACCGAAUGGUAACAGUGUUUCCGAAACAAACAACUUAAAUGCGAGUGCAACAAAUAAAUGGAAUACCAGCAGUAAUACAUUAAAUGGAUAUCAAUAUCAUGAACCAUUAAAACGAUCUAAUACAAUGGACGGUGGUUUUGGACGAGGAAAUACAAGUGGAUACGUUUCAGAUGGAUCGUCUGGUCAAACAUGGCUACAGUUACAACAGCAGAAAUUGCGUGCGAAAAAGGAGUUGCAACACAAGGGCGAUAACGAAUAUUGUGAACGAAAUGUGCACAUUGAUAAUCGAAACCGACCUUUGCGGUCACGUUCAAGUCAGUCAUCACAUCGAUAUGAUGGAUAUUCAAGCGAUACGGGCGCCUUCGAUUCAAGAGCGUUCAUCGAUGAAGUUGAUUAUCGACAACCGUUGCAUGUGCAAACGCCAAAUCGGCCAAAUGAACGCUACCAUACAAUCACAAAAACCACAACAGCGACAAAUGAACGUCCUUUCGUUUCAGUAAAACGAGCUCAUGAACAAUCCAAGGCAAACAAUAACAUCAUUGGGUCACCAUCACCAUCACCACUAUCAAUAUUGAAUGCAUCACCGCACGGUCAUAUUGCACAAGCACAAUCACCAAAUCACAAUCAAAACGGGCUUUUGUCAUUAGCUGAUAACAAUGAAUUAUCCCCUGUGCGUAACGGACAUGCUCGAUUGGAGUCCGACAGUAGUAAUAGUUCACCGUUAUCAUCGUCAAAUACGAGCGGUAGCCCGGCGGUGACGGCAUCGCCAACUGAUAGCCGAACCUGUGAUAACAUCGAUGGAAUGCAUCAAUCAAAUGGCGAAACUCAAAUCACAAAUGGAUUGAGAAGCUAUUGCACAAAAUCGCCAAUCAUCAUCGAAGAAAAUGGCAAUGAUAAAAUCGAUGAUUCGAGUUACCUGGCGCUGGAUCAAUUAUUAGCAUCGUUGGCACUUGAAAAUGAUAUUAUGGAACGGCAUUUAUCGCAAAUCAAUAAUAACGAUACAAAUGACCUGAAAUUUAAGCAUCAAAAUCAAGCGAAUGGAGUAUUUUCGUUUGAUACUAAUACACAUGACCAUUAUGUUAGCAAUGGUAACUAUCAAAUCACCCGAAAACAAAAUGGAUUCGAUGAAAAUCUGAACGAUGUGCUGGCCAAUUUAAUCGAAUUUAGCGAAAAUGAAUCAUUACCACAACAUCAAAAUACCAAUGGUCAUACGAAUUCCUAUGCAAAUGGCCAUCAUUUGGUCAAUGGAUCGAUCAACAACAACCACCACCACCACAAUCAUCAUCAUUUGCCAUCGCAUUUUAAUCAUUUGAAUAACAACAAUUUCAAUAAUAACAAUCACAUCAACAAUAAUUAUGUAACAACAAAUGGCAACGGCAUCAAUAACAAUCAUAUCAAUCGUGUUCACAAUUACCAUGAGCCCAGCAAUAAUGCUAUCAAACGGCUCACAUCCGAAUCCGAAAAUAGUUCAUCCGUUUCACCAAGUUUGUCCGAACGUAGCAAUGGCAUUGUUUCGUGGAGCGAUCAGGUGCGUGAAGAGUCAUUUUCAUCAUAUCGAUCGGAAACGGAGCCGGAAACAUCAUUGGCUGGAUCACCACGACCAGAAACACCGGCCUUUCCAUUAACGCCCCGCACUCCAUACGGCUUAAAUGGCAACAUUAGCCCAGCGUUGCCACCAAAAAGUCCCACUUCAAUUCGACGCUUAAAUAUGAUACACAACAAUGGUUCGACAUGGUCAUUAAGAAGUGGUAGAUCAACAGCAACAUACGAUUGGAGCAAAGAGAUAUAUUCUGGCGGACAGACGCAUCAUAUAAAUCAAAAUGAUGUGUCGUGCUACACAUCACGUCGUAAUUCAACCACAUCGACAGCAAACAGUGAACCACAAGAAAUUGCACCACAUUUAGUGAAAUUCGUACGUGAUUCAUCGAAAUUCUGGUACAAGCCGACUAUUUCGCGCGAAGAAGCGAUUGCACUUUUACGGAAUGCUCAUCCAGGUAGCUUCUUAGUUCGAGAUUCAACAACAUUUGCAAAGGCAUUCGGUUUGGUGUUGAAAGUGUCGCAUCCACCGCCCGGUGUACAAUCAAAAGGAACGGGCGAUGAGUUGGUUCGUCAUUUCUUGGUUGAACCAACCACACGUGGUGUUCGGUUGAAGGGUUGUUCCAAUGAACCCGUAUUUACAUCACUUUCAGCUUUAGUUUAUCAACAUUCAAUCACACCGCUCGCUUUACCAUGUAAACUGAUUAUACCGGACCGUGAUUUACAAAAUGUUGAAUAUCAUUCGCCGGCACAGCAACAGCUUAUGACACAAGGUGCUGCAUGCAAUGUACUUUUCUUAUUCACAUACGAUACCGAAUCGUUAACCGGACCAGAAGCCAUUCGAAAAGCGGUAUCAUUGCUAUACUCACGAAAACCGUUGCCAAAACCGACCGAAGUUCAUUUUAAAGUCACACAACAGGGAAUCACAUUGACUGAUAAUACACGUCAAUUAUUCUUCAGAAAACACUAUCCGGCCAAUAAUAUUUCAUUCUGCGGUUUGGACCCCGAUGACCGACGCUGGAGCAUUCGUGUGACCGGUGAAGUUCCAGUUAGCAAUAAGACGAUUUUUGCAUUCGUGGCACGUCGUUCAACCUCAUCAAAUGACAAUCAAUGCCAUGUAUUCUGUGAAUUGGAACCAAACCAACCGGCAGCUGCAAUUACAGCAUUUGCAAAUAAAGUCAUACCAAGCUACGGUGCACAACCGUAUCUCCAGAAUAUUUGAGGCUAUGCCCACCGGACGCGACGCAAAGUCGAUUUUAUCGACUUGUAAAUAGGAAAUAAACAGAAACAAUUUACCAUAAACAUAGGAAACAUCUUAAGGGAUUACAAAAUCUUAACAAACAAAUAUAAUGUUGAAAACAUUGAAUUUAAAUUAAAAAAAAAAAAACAUUAAAAACUAAUUGUAACUUCCCUAAAAAACUAAAUCACGCAUAUACACACAUGACGCACACAACACAAAUUCUACUAAUUCUGUCUUUUACGACGGGCAGCUAUAAUAUACAGGUGACAAAAAACAAUCAACUAACGCAGCACUCCACGAGACUAAAACACACUUCAUACAUUUAUAUUUUUUUGGGAUCGAAAUUGGUAUUUCCAAUUUAUUUGGAAUGGAAAAACGAAAGGGUCGAGCAAUGUAAGGACAUAUGAAAAUAGAAGAUACCAUUUUGGAAACAAAAUUACAAUAGAUCGUAUCUUUUGAAUGAUUGAUAGGGAAAAUAUCUCAUUCAUGGUAAUGUUAUAUGUAUCGAAGAUGGCGAGUGCUAUAAACAAAAGCCCAUUUUCCCUCUCUCCCUGUGUCUAUCUCUUGUCGAUGAGAAGAAAAUGCGGAUGCGGAAUUUUUUGUUUUGCAUAUUUUGUGUUGUUUGCGUCGUCACCAAAUUGAAAUUUGCUUUGUAAAAUUAAGCGUGUUUUUUUCUAAAUGUUUGUAUGUAAUUUCGUGCGAUGUUAAAUUGUAUACAAGCUGUUGUGUGACAAUCCAACGAAAAUUGUCGACCGAUCGAUAUUUUUUCUUCAACGAUUUUUUCUUUCAUAUGUUUUUGGAAUAUUUCAUUUACGAAUUCUCUUAUGCGAUCAUUGAUCAAUGUGAGCAUCACAUUUUGUUUCGAGAAUCGCUUUCUGAUCGUACAGUUACGAGAAACAAUAAAAAUAAAACAACUAGUCGAAUACAAUUAAAAGAGGAAAUAAAACCUAAAAUCAUCAAAUGGAGCACAUGCACUCUCGCACAUUUACUACAAUUAAACUGUUUCACAACUGAAGAGAAUUGUAACUAAUACUUUACGCACCCUGUUGACGAACAUUGAUGUUUAAAUGUGAAUAAUAAAUUAAUAAAUGGUAACAUCAUAUACAA